AUGGCCGACCGAGGAUAUUCCACCCUGACCAAGCUCGGCUUGGGCGCCCUGACCUUCAACUCGGCGCUCGCCAUCUACAACUCCUGGGGUGACGCCGGCUCCGUGGCGUUCGUGCUCGGCGCGGACGCAGCGCUCGUGCUGCUCUUCCUCUGCCUCCGUGAGUUUGAGCGGGGCGGCGGCCGGGGCAGGGAUGCCAAGGUGAAAGCCGCGGUGUGGGCGCUCACCACGCUGCUCACGCGGAUCAGUUUGCGGUGUCGAAGAGACCGAUCCAGGCGGUGUGGCCGCAGACUCAGCCGCAGAUGA